GACACGGCACCUCCCGCCGCCGGGCUCCGCCGGCCCGGCCCGCGGCUCUCCCGCCCCUCUUCUCUCCCCUCCGCCGCCCCCCGGGCCAAUAAAAUGAUGCAAAGCUCUGCGCUCGCCGCCGAAGGGGCUGUCAAGGGGCUUCCCGAGAUCCUCGGUGUGCCGGUGCAACAGAUCCCGCAGUGCGCCGGCUGCAACCAGCACAUCCUGGACAAGUUCAUCCUCAAGGUGCUGGACCGCCACUGGCACAGCUCCUGCCUCAAGUGCGCCGACUGCCACAUGCAGCUGGCCGAGCGCUGCUUCUCCCGGGCCGGCAGCGUCUACUGCAAGGAGGAUUUCUUCAAGCGUUUCGGGACCAAAUGCACGGCGUGCCAGCAGGGCAUCCCCCCGACCCAGGUGGUGCGCAAGGCCCAGGACUUCGUGUACCACCUGCACUGCUUCGCCUGCAUCAUCUGCAGCCGCCAGCUGGCCACGGGCGACGAGUUCUACCUGAUGGAGGACGGCCGGCUGGUCUGCAAGGAGGACUACGAGACGGCCAAGCAGAACGAUGACUCCGAGGCGGGCGCGAAGCGGCCCCGGACCACGAUCACGGCCAAGCAGCUGGAGACGCUGAAGAACGCCUACAAAAACUCCCCCAAGCCCGCCCGCCAUGUGCGGGAGCAGCUCUCCUCCGAGACGGGGCUGGACAUGAGGGUCGUGCAGGUGUGGUUCCAGAACCGGCGGGCCAAGGAGAAGCGGCUCAAGAAGGACGCGGGGCGGCAUCGCUGGGGGCAGUUCUACAAGAGCGUGAAGCGGAGCCGCGGGGGAGCGAAGGUGGACAAGGAGAGCUCGGCCGAGGACUGCGGCGUCAGCGACAGCGAGCUGAGCUUCCGCGGUGAGCGCGGCGCCCGAGCGGGCCCGGGGGGACGCGGGGCCGCCCCCGGCGCUCACCGCCCGCCUCCGCUCUCCCUCCUGUCCCCGGCAGACGAGCAGAUCCUCUCCGAGCUCGGCCACAACAACAGCAGCAGCAGGGUUUACGGCUCCGUGGGGGACGUGGCCGGCGGACAGUUGCUCAACGGCGGCUUCUCCAUGGAGGGCACGGGACAGACGUACCAGGACUUGCGGGACGGGAGCCCCUACGGCCUCCCGCAGUCGCCGUCCUCCAUCUCGUCGCUGCCGGCGCACGGGCCCUUGCUCAACGGGCUGGACUACGCCCUGGACGGCGGGCUGGGGCUGGCGCCCGGCGCGCAGGGGGUGAGUCACACGCUGCGGGCCAUGGCCGGGGGGGGCCCCACCUCCGACAUCUCCACGGGCAGCAGCGUGGGGUACCCAGACUUUCCCACCAGCCCGGCCUCCUGGCUGGACGACAUGGAUCACCCUCCCUUCUAAGCGCUGCUCGCCCCCGCCCCGGCCCCCCGCGCUCCCCCGGCCCGCAAGCAGCACCGAGGGCACCGCCGGCGGCUGAGCUUCCUGCCCGGGAGAUCCCGAGGGAAUCGGCCCUGCAGGGCUGCAGGGAGGGGGGACAGCGCGGCCGGGGCGGGGGAUGCACGGAUGCCUUUGGGUGUAAGCACAAGAGAGGAGCCGGCCGCGGCGGGGCCGGCGGGAGGGAGAGAAGAACACUCGGGGGUGGCAGAGCCCAUCCCGGCCCCGCGGAGCCCCGCAGCCCUGCCGAGCACCGCUGCUGUUCUCCAGAGUUAUUUUUCCAUAUGGUGUUGAAACGCAGCUCGGCGCUGCCCGGAGCCUCCGCGGACAGAGAAGUCUAUAUUGUAGAAGGGUUUAUUUUGCCGGGGGCAUUGCCCCGCUGCCCAGGGGCCAUCCUGCCUGCUCCUGGCCCAGCGGCACUGAUUUAUCCCCGGGCACGCAGGAGCGUCGCUGCUUUGUACCGUGGUCACACGAGGGGAAGGAAUAAAAACAAAUCGCCUCCAUCCCGGGAUGCCCGCUGGCCAGGCUGUGCCAAGGCAGGGCCAGCCGGGAUUGCCUGGGGCUGGCACCGGCACAGCAGCCACUGCAGGGGUGGGUGAGAGAGGUGGGCAACCUUUGCUAUGAGGGCAUUGCAAAAAAAUUCCUCCCAUCUAUGGGGGAACAGGAAUUUUGUCAGCUGCAGAAGCCCUGCGUGGUGGUGGGAAGGGGAGAUGGGGCUGUGAGAUGCUCCUGGUGUGAGUCACCCUCCUCCUUUGGUGCCGUGGGUCUGGUGACACUGAAGGGGGAGUGCAGGCAGCCAGGGAGGAUCCCGGCGGCUCUGGCACAUCCCACCAGCCCCACGGGGUCUGCUCCUGGCCAGGCUCACUCAGCACCAGCCCUUGCUCGAAGCCACAUGCCCAUGUCUCCCAGCACAGCCACAGCCCCUGCCCUCAGACAUUCAGCCCCACGGAUAAGAUCCAGCCCCACACUCUCUGCCCAGCUCUGCCCCAGCCCCACAGGGAUGCCCUCGCCAUGGGGUCCCUGUGCCCUCCCUAUCUCUGGGGUGAUGCUGAUGAUCCCAGGCUGCCCUUCGGGGAGGGCUGGGGGUGGAUCCAGUUAGUCCAGGCUCCUUCCAGAGCUGUGCAGGCUGCAGAAGCAGAGGGGAAAAAAUACUAAAAAAAAAAAACAAAAAGAAAAAAAAAAAAAAAAGAAAAGCCACACGAGAAAGCACAUCACUGGUCUGUCCUUGUCCUUCCUUGCCCCCCCAGCUGGGUGCCUUGGUGCUGCAGGAGCUGCCCCAGCUGCAUCCACGUGCCUCCCCCUCCCCAGCCUUGGGUGCUGCUUCGUGCCAAGCUCCGGCCCUGGUGGGGAGGGGGACGGGGCAGAGCUGUGCCUGCUGCUCCCAUCCCCUUCAACAAGGCCAAAUGCCUCCUCCCCUCGCUGUGUAAAUUUUGUACAGUUCCAGAAAGUGAGAGUCUUCUUUCCUGGGGGAAUAAAAAGGAAAAAAAAAACCCAACAAAAAGAAUAAUAAUAAAAAAUUUUAAAGAAUAAAACCUUAUUUAUUGCCAUGUCUUGGGGGAGAAAUGAUCCCCCCAAAUUGCCCCCGGAUUCGGGCCCAGGGCGUUGCUUUUGUACCCUGCCUCAGUGUGUUGGCAUGAGAUGUGUACAGUCACCCCCUCGCCGUGAGGGAAAGCGAUGGCAA